CGGUUGGACGGUAGGCAAGGCUGUCUGUCGAAGAGAACCCGUAAUGUCAACUUAGGCGGGAGUUACGUCCUCGAAGUUUUGGGAAUCGGCACAUAUCCUCUUAUCAGUAUCCUGUUUUCAGGUGAAGCACUAAUCGUAAUUAGUGUCAGUGUUCAUGGGCUCUGAGUUACUGUUUGCAGGCCUCCAGGAGUAGUGUGUACAUACGUAAAAGUGGAAAAUCACAUAUCUUUCAGAAAAUCAAGCAAAUCAAGUUGAGUGCUGGUGUGACCUGUGAUACACAUGUAUACACGCGGUGUUUUCAAAGUGUACGGAGAGUUCUGAGUGAGCAAAUCCUUGCGAUAGUGACGUGAUAUUGCCUAUUAGUUGUGAGGCACACGCGAUAUAAAACCUCUGGAAUGUUUACCUAAUUAAAAUAGUCUUCUCUCACUCGGGAGACGGUAAAUUCGGUUAAUGGAAAUGCAAACAUUGAAUAAUUAACAACAACCCAGAAUAUCCUCUUCAUUGUAUUCCUUUCGUCGUUGUCGUCAUUGCAGCCGCUUGAAUCGUCUAGGCAAGGAGCAGGAACAGGAGCAGCCUGGAUUCGCCGGAUCGGUUUCCACGAAAUGUGAAAAUCUAACGCUAAAUUAUUUAGGAGGAUACGUACAAUAACUCUGUAGUAAAAUGCUUAUGUUGCUGCCUUUAGUCGGGAUAUUCUUUAGCUACUUUUUAGAAAGUGGAACAAAUCUCUUAGAUGCCGAGUUCAAGAUUGCUAAGGAAUUUUAUUUAGCUAAUUGCACCGUCGGCAAUAGAACUUAUCUUCAUGGAGAGACAUUCAAAUUAGACUGUAGAACACAGUGCGUAUGCGAGAAUGGUCGCCAUGCGUGCUCGUCAUUGUGCCCCAAGGAGCAAUUGCCUGCUCCUGAAAAUACAGUAUCGUGCCGAUCCCCACGGCUCGUCGAAGUGCCUGGUCAUUGUUGCAAAGUAUGGCUUUGCGAGACGCCUACAGCUGAUGUGAAGGCAACGUGCUACAACACGUCAUCGAGUCCUUGGACGCCGUGUUCCGCAUUUUGCGGUGUUGGUAUGUCGACGAGGUUCACCAACACGACAGCCGGAUGCCACCAGCUGAGUAACAUGAGGCUUUGCGAGAGUCGAAGAUGCGAUGACAAUAACUUUAAUAGCAACUUAGUGAAUAGCAACUUCGCAUUACAGGAACACAGGAUACGGAAAGGACACGAGUGUCGCAGCAUUCAAAGGCUCGGUACGGCGCGGAUCCGUCUUGGCUCUUGUGUUUCAAGAAAAUUGUAUCGGCCUAAAGUUUGCGGCCGAUGUCAAAAUCCAGACAAAUGUUGUGUGCCUUCAGUAUCUACAACUAUUCAAGUGGAAUUGUUGUGUCCGCUCAAUUCCGGUGAUCCAAUAAAAUACAUCGAAAAGGGUGCAGACCUGUGGAAUCAUAAUUCCUUGGACCCGAUCGAUCAGGAAUUGCUGCAAUCACGUCAAAUACAAAUCGAAAAUAAAUUUAUUGCGGUCCAAUGGAUUUUAAAAUGCGAGUGCAGUUCAAAGAAUGAAGAAUGCAAAAGAACAAACAGCAAGCAACCAAGAUUUCCUCCUCAUCACCAUAGACUGCACCCCACCAACUUGAAGGAACAAUCAUAACAGGGAAACUAAAGCGCUUUAUAACUAAUCAGCAAACUAUUCACUCCCAACAAGAUAAGGACCGAAUGUCUCACGAAGAAUGUGCUUUUCGGAUACCAGACACAAAGUCUCCAGCACCAGAUUUCAGUUCCAGCGCGAACAGUCAAUCACGGGCUAUAUCCCUGCCGAGGAUUAACAAAAUCGCAUCAUUAACUCACAACACUGUCAACAGCAUUUUGUCUUCGGAGUGGUUGUAAACAGUACAUAACAGCAUUGGUUGAAGUUUUAAUGAGAGUUGUAAAGUUCUUUUCAUUUUGGUGCGCUUUGAAACUUGUAUACUUCCGCAAGUCCUUUUAAUCCCAUUUUAAUUUGUUCCCCAUUCAGUGCGGGGACGAUGGAAUACAAGCAGCUUCCGCGUCAUUAAACGCUCCAUUCUAAAGGCGUUGUACACAAUAAUUUCGCUAAUGCGUUUAACGUCAUCAUCCAAAACAAAUUACGAUAAGGAUUUGAUUAAUGCCGGAGAUAAUCAACUGUUCAUAAAUUUAAGCGCAUUGUUGAGCUGCUGGUUAGGGUCCCUGCAAUCCACCAUUCCCGUUCAAUGUGCAAUAUUUGUGCGGCAACUUUGAAUGAUUUCAUGUUGCUUCCUAUGCACAUCCUUUAAACUCAACCAAUUUCUUCGAAACGUUGUUCUUUUCUUGAAAUGAAUUAUUUCUCUUCUUUCAUAAAAAUGUUAUCGUUAAUGAAUUAAACUGGUGUGAAAGCCUUAUAUAUAGUAAUUAUGCUUCGAUUCACUCUAUAAUGAAGAAAAACAAAUUCAUCAAAAUUCACUCAAUCAAAAGAGAAUCGUUAUUAUAUUUUUAUUCAUUGUUCAUAAUUUAGUAUAAUAUUUAUGUACAAUAACUAGAUGCAACACUGUGUUCCACCGAAACAAUGUGUAGUAAUAAAUUGCGAUUUUGUAGUAUUUUCUCCCCCGAAACAGCUUUCACAUGAUUAGUUGGUAAUUUCCAAAAUGCUCUGCUAAAACUCUUCAAACAUAUAAAAUGACAUAUCUUCCGAUGAGUAGCGAACUUAUUUAACCACGUUUCCAAAAUGUUUGAAUGUUUGGUUCUGAAAAUAAACGGGCACAAAAUACAUAUCUCUUCAAAAAUAAAUUAUCUUGAAAAAUUACAUAAAUAUACUUGUUAUAAGUUAGUAAUAGACAAAGCAGUAGCACCUAAAAUUGCAAAACAAUAUUUCAAUUUCAGCGAGUAACACAAGAAUACAAUACAAACAUACAUAAAGCUAACACUUAUAGUUAUUACUUAAAUUGUACUGUAACAUUGGUAUUUAUAGGAUGAUAAGAUAGUAUUAGACUUGAAGUAAAGGAGUCGUGUGCGUUUAAGGUUAAGGGACGAACUUAGAUACCGAUUGUAUAAAAGGACAGAAAAAAUAUAAAAUAACGCAAGCAAUUCUUUGUCUU